AUGGAUCGGCGCACUUUUGAAUCUCCCAUGGACUGGGAGUACCAGAACCAAGGGCCCUUGGAUCCCACAAGUCCAUUCGCACGUCUGCAGUCGGCCGGCAACGCCCAAAACAACAACGCGUUUGGCCUCCCCAGAUCGGGCACCUUCGGCCAACACACCCCCUUCGCCCGCACCCAGAGCAGCCCCCAGAAGCCGCCCGCCUCCUCUGCUGCCCCGGCCCACACAUCGUCUCUCUUCACCCCCUCCAGCUCCCGCAUCCAACGGACAAACACCGCCCCUCCUUUCCGGAACCCUGCCUUCACCACGCCCCGGAAACCCUUCGAUAUGGACGCCCUCUCCGAGGCCUCUGCCGCCGAGGACAGCCCGGCGCCUACCGACGUGUCCGACUGCCCGGACACCCCCGAGACCGACCAGAAGCGCAGCUUCGCCCAGAUGACGCUCACACCCGCCAGGUCCAAGGCCCUGAGCGCCGCCACGAAGAGGUCUCCCGGCAAGGGCGAGAUCCCCCGCGCCACCACCGCCUUCGGCACCCGAGACAAGGUCCGGAAACGGAAGCGACGCCAUGAUGAUAAGGACAUCAGCGGCUUCCGCAUGCCUUACAAGUACCAGGAGGAGUGGGAUGACACCGAGGGCAACGACUCGGACGACAGCACCUACCAGCCCAACGAGCGCUACGGUCCCGCCUCUCAGCGCCCCGGCGGGAGGAAGAGGGGUUGGCUUGGUCGUUUCCUGUCCGACAUCACCAAGAACCCGGACGCGCCCAGGGUCCUGGGCUACUGGAUCACCUUUCUGUUCAACCUCUCCAUUGUCGGCCUUUCCAUGUGGGUCAUCUGGCUGGUGGUUGCCAGCUUCCGCGACGACCUCGAGACGGCAAGGGUCGUCAACCAGGGCGACCUGCUGGACGAGAUUGCCAAGUGCGCAAAGGACUACCGCGAGAACAUGUGCUCGCCCAGGGAGAAGCGCAUACCCGCCAUCGGGCCCCUGUGCGACCAGUGGGAGAUUUGCAUGAACCAGGACCCAAACUCCUACAAGAAGAUCUCCCUCGGCGCCAAGAAUCUCGUCGAGAUCUUGAACGAUAUCAUUGAGACCAUGUCUUGGAAGACAAUGGCUGCCUCCUUUGCUCUCAUCACCGUGUUCUUGUUCAGUGGCGCUUCGCUCAUCAACAGCAACCCCAUGACCCAUAGCUUUCCGCCACCAGUCCCACAGCCCUCGCAGCCCGUGUUCCAGGCCCAUCCCCAGAUCAUGUACGGCCACGUGCCGCAGACGCCUCGGUCUCGGUACCAGGGGCUGAUGGCGCACGACGAGACGCCGGACACGGACGCCUCGCCCGGUGACCCCAAGGCAUUGCCGCCUCCUUUGUAUUACCAGACACCCAGCGGCAGGAGGAGUCCUAGCAAGGGAGACAGGGGCCGCAGUCCAACCAAGAGCCGGAGUCCUACCAAGAGGUACUAG